CAGAGGGAAAGUUCGUCGUCUUUGUUUCGUUUGUCGUCAUUUGCGCCGAACGAUUUUCAACGAGAGCCGAGCGUUGAGCACAGCGAAGGAGAAGCGAAUUAUCGAACUCAAAUUUUUCAGUUGGAUAUUUUCUACGUUGGCGAGUAGUCGUGAGCAACAAAAUUUAGUGAAAGAAGCAGCAGAAGCAGCAAAAGCAGAGUUUUUUUUUGGCUGGCUUGCUGCUCUGUGAGAUUUUUCAUCCAUUUUUAACUGCCCACUCUGAGAACAAAAAUAAAUUCAGAAGAUUCUUUCAUAGAUUUUGUGAAGCGGGAAACUUUAAAAACAGAGACCUAAUCCGCAAGUGUUCUUUUUUUCAUUAUCAUUUGUUUGGUACAAUUUUAUAAAAUUUACAUUUGUAAUAAAGUCGCCGCAUACUUACAUAUAUACGUGUAUUGCUGAAAUCGACGUAGUACAGCGCUACCAACAGAGGUAGCACCGCAGCAAAUAAUUUUUUACUUCCAAAAAUUUUUUUUGGUUUAUUUUAAUUGAUUUUUACCAGUGCCCAGCGACAACGACGUUUAACGCCGUUGUUGUAACGUCGGCCCGAUGAUGGCAUUGCCAAUGAACUCACUUUACUCCCUUACGUGGGGCGACUAUGGUUCGUCACUAGUGACGGCCAUUCAACUUUUGCGCUGUCACAACGACUUGGUGGACUGCACUUUAGCUGCCGGCGGGCGCAGUUUUCCAGCGCAUAAAAUCGUAUUAUGUGCGGCGUCACCGUUUCUAUUGGAAUUGUUAAAGAAUACACCAUGCAAGCAUCCGGUGGUUAUGUUGGCCGGCGUAAAUGCCAACGACCUGGAAGCGUUGUUGGAGUUUGUUUAUCGCGGCGAAGUGAGUGUUGAUCACGCACAAUUACCGUCGCUAUUGCAGGCCGCACAAUGUCUAAAUAUACAGGGGCUGGCACCGCAAACCGUUACAAAAGAUGACUACACCACUCAUUCGAUACAACUACAGCAUAUGAUACCACAACAACACCAUGACCAGGACCCAUUGAUUGCCACCAUUGCUACUGCACCACAACAGACCGUACAUGCACAUGUUGUCGAGGAUAUCCAUCAAGCUGGCCAAAUUUUGCAAACAACCAAUGCAGCAGGACAGCAACAAACCAUUGUGACCGCUGAUUCGCCCAAGGAUGUUAUUCAACAAUUUUUGCCCGCACGCAAGCGCAAGCCACGUGUCAAGAAGAUGUCGCCUACCGCUGCCAAAGUGGCUAAAGUUGAUGGCAUGGAAACGAUUAUUAGUGCACCAACCACCACUACCGUUGUACAUCAGAAUGCACAACAACAGCAACAACAACAACAACAGCAACAACAACAACAAUUGCAGGCACAACAACAAGGCAUUGAAAAUGGCAACGAGACGCAAAUAAUAACAUCGACACCGCACAUUAAGACCGAAGUGACCAAGGUGGAGACAAUUGUGACCAUGGAUCCGAAUAUAACACCGAUAUCGACGGCCAAUACAAGCGAAGUGAGUGCCGGCGGCACGACACCAGCAAGCGGCAACAAGCCAGUCAAACGCACCAAGAGUGAAUCCCGUUCACGCUCACAAUCGGAACAACCGGCUACUUGUCCCAUUUGCUAUGCAGUCAUCCGUCAAUCACGUAACUUGCGUCGUCACUUGGAAUUACGGCAUUUCGCUAAGCCCGGCGUUAAAAAGGAAAAGAAAACACCAACAGGCAAAAAAGUCGCCACCACAAGCACCGGCGGCGCAGGCACCAGCAAUGCAGCAGGCACAUCUACGAUCACCACAGCCGUUAGCACUAUACCACAAGUACAAUCGGUACAAUCGCUACACACGCUACAUACGGUACAGGUAAAGAAGGAUCCGGAUGCACAGAAUCAGGCACAACAAACCAUGACUGUGACCACUACAGCGAGUUCUGGUGCGGGACAACAACAACAGCAGCAACAGCAACAGCAAGUGCAACAAGUACAGGUGCAGCAGGCAACCACGCAACAACAACAACAGCAAAUACAACAUCAUCAAAUAAUCGAUCAAUCGGGUAAUAUAACAACGGCCACAACAACGGCGGGUGGCCAACAACAGCAGCAACAACAAACGGGCGGACAAAUUGUAACGCAAACAGAGAAUACAGACGGCACCACAUCGUUGUCAAUAGCACAGGUGCAAACGCUGCAGGGCCAUCAGAUAUUGGGCAAUAUUAAUCAGGUGAAUAUGAAUGAAUUUCAAACGCAUUCACAGUUGUAAGAUGGUUGGAUGGAUAGAUUGAAAGAAGGAAGGAAGUAAGGAAGUAUGGAAGGAUGAUGAUUAUGAUGAUGAAGCUAACGCGGAAAUGUGCGCAAAACAGAGACAAAGUUAAAAGCAGUGGGGCUUUAAAAAUGCAUAGAACAUUAUUUUUACAAAUACAAAAUAUUUUCUACCAUAAACCAAAGCUGCUAAACCAAACGGUGUGCUCUGAUGAUAAUACUUUAAAUGAAAAAUGUAAAAAGUAAACAGAACAGACACUAGUCUUCCUAAAUAAAGUAGAAUUUCAACAUAAUACAGCUAGAAAAAUAUAAAUAAAAAUCCAACACGCCAAAAUCCAAAACAAAAAAUCAACAUAUUAACUAGCAAACUUCAAGGUUUAGUUAAUUGUACUACAUUUCGAAGUACUUACAUAAAUAAUUAGCAUAUUGGUUUGUUUUACCCUAAGCUGUUGCAACUUCUGCGUAUAUAUUUAACAAAAAAAAAAAAAAAA